UUAAUGGACUUGACUGAAAACAAAUAUGGCUGCACCCGGAGUACACGAAUUAACACACGGGAAGAGAAAGGCACCCUUAGAACUUGACAGUCUUUCGCGAGAGGUUAGUUGUUAAUUAAAAUUGAUGUUAAAUACAAUAAUGGAUAUAUGGUUGCUUUUGGGUGCACAAUUAUGAGGAGGAAACAGCGUAAACCGGGAAAAUCUAUCGGGGAGCCAUUUCCAGUUAAAACUUCCAGGAAAAACAAUGCUGGUGUGAAAGAUUCAAAUGUGGAUAUGGAUUCAGAUGAGGGAUCAGAGCCUGAUCUAAAAAUAGAUUUGGAUGAAAAAACUUACAUUGAAGAUAAUAAUAAUGAUGUGAGCAACAAUGAUAUUGAAAGUAAAUUGGAAAAGGUUGCAGUUUGCCAGAGCAUAAACCUAACAUUACCUGUAUCAGUUGUUGAGGAAAAUGAGCAUAGUGCUGAGGAGUCCGACAUCAUUGAAGAGAAUUCUAAUGAUGCUAAAGAAACUAGAAAUGACACUAAUCAUGACUUACAAAAUAGAGAUCUUUCAGAGAAAUUAGUUAUUAACACAACAGAGAUGGAAGAAAAUAAAGAAACAGAUGUCAAAGAGUCUGACAAAGAGGUGAAGAGAAAAGACAAGCUUCCAAGUGACAAAGAAUCUUUUGAUUCAAGUCUUCCAACUUGUAAAGAAGAUCUUUGUGUUCCAGAUGCUUUAAAUAUAAAACUUCCAGUCAUUUCUGAAAUUCUUGAUGAUGCUGUAGCAGCAGAUUUAAGCAAUUCUUCUGCAGAAAGUCCAACAAUGGCAUCAAAUAACAUAAUGCCAAGUCAAGCAGAGAAACCAAAAGCUCCAUACAAAGGAACAAUGGUUCCAUGUGGCACUCUCAAAGACUACUUAGAUUCUUUACCAACUUUCAAUAGAAAGUGCAUGCUGAGAAAAGGUAGAGAGGUCCAUAAAAUUUAUGUUGAUAUGACCAAAGGUGAGACUUUCCUUGACGACCAGUUUGCUUACACAGAAUUUGGCCGAAUGGUUCUGACCAAUGGUAGUAUAAGAGCAGGCAGAGCAAAGAAUGCCAAGCAGAUCGUGGUUGCCCGGGAGACGCUGUAUUGCAGUGGCACAUCAGCAUGUAAACGAGCAUGUGGAGGAUAUGGAAUAUGUCUUCCAGGUUGUGAUAAAACAAAAAUGCGAGGCCAUAGAUGUUCUUAUCGCAUCAAACUGACUCAGAGGCUUGGAUUUGUCAACUUCUGGUUUGUUGAAGAGCUUGGAAGCCAUGAUCAACUUAAUGGUAAAGAUUGUGACUUCAAGGUUAAUUCACAGCUUGCAGCAAAUGCUGCAGCUGCGGGAAACAAAGAUAAUGCUGUCAUGGAUCUUUCAUCUGGCUUCAAAUUUCGGGCAGCUAACAUUCCACGUACACCGAAAAAGCUUGCUCCAAAGUCAACAACUCCAUCACCAGACAGAUCUCACACUCAGCAAAAUGGAGGUUCAAAUCAGUCUGUCUCAAAUGCCAGUAAUAAUGAUCUUCCAACAAACUAUCAUUAUGUGCUUGGUACCUUGCCAACUUCCUCACCCUCCAGGGAUUCUCUCUCACAAUCUUGCCCGGAUACUGGUUCUAGUCAGUCUUCUAGUCAACAACAAAGUGCCAUAAAUAUACAAACAAACACUUCUUCCUUACAGCCAGGUAACUUGGCAACUGUUGCUGUUACCGGGGCAACAUCUAUACAACAGGACGUUGCUUCACAAUUAUUUCAAGCCAAUUUUAUCAACUAUAUGUCAACUAUGACAAAUUUAGGGAUUGGUGCUGCAUUACAAGGUGCUAUAAACCCUCUUCUAGUCAAUAUAAAACAGGAACCUCAAGAUAACAUUCAACAAGGUCAAAUUGCUAUAAAUACAGGUCAAGGUCAGCUAACUGUUGGAUACCCUGGCCUAGUGACAUUACCUUCUCAAAUUCAUCUCCCUACUAGUCAAAUAACACACCCUAGUCAGCCUGUGAAAAGUCACAGCCCUUCACCGUCAAGAAGUCAGGGACAUAGUCCAUCCCCAUCAAGAGGUCAGACUUACAGAGAUAGAUCACCUCUUGCAAGAGAACAAAGUCAGAGUUCAAGUGUACAUAAAGGACUUGAAAUAGAAGCCAAAAUUAAGAAUGAAUCUAGUCGUAAAAUGCAAGCACAACAGGAAGUGCUGGGACAAGUACACAAUCGCAUCAUGGAGCGUGCCAAAUGCAGGAAAAGUGCUCACACAGUGCGUGUUCCACAGAAAACAGAUCCUCACAUUAUGGAUUUUAGUAAAAGCUGUCCAGAAAAUCACAGCAAACCUGAAGAUUUAAACAUUCCAUCAUUAUCAUCAUCAUCAUCGUCAUCAAAUGCAGAAAAUGUUCCAGAAAACAGCCAUAUUUCUAGCAUAGCAUUUCAACGCUUCCAGACUUUAAACCGUGUGUUACAAAGUGAUGCAUUUCAAGCUGCAAAAAAUCAGCUUGAAAAGAAGAAAUCACUAACAUUGCUGAAUAGUGUUAAUAAAGAUGAUUCCUCCACUCCUCUCAACUUAAUUGUUAAGGGACCAAAUUCUGUCGACUCUGUUUCGAACACGGAGAGUCAUCAUCAAUAUUUUAGACUUGCUGAAGAAUGGAAAAAGGGGGAACAACUCCCAGCAAAUUGGAUUGAAGGAGAUUUGAGCAAAGGAGACGAAAUCUGUGUGAAUGAAUUAAAAGGGGGGCAACUUAUAAAUGGUCACAGCAAUAUUCUGGACUGUAAAACAAUUCUAGAGACAGACAAACUUACAGAUAAUGAGAAGGAAUUGAUGUGCAGAGUUCGACAAUUGGAGUCACAUGUGAAACAAUUACAAAAUAUUGUUAUAAGAAAAGAUGUAUCAACUUCACAACCUGUUGGUCGACAAAGAAAAUCUAAACCUCAGAGGGAAAUAGAUUUCAACAAGUACAAUACUCGUCAUGUAGCAUUAAAGAUUAUGUAUCUUGGAUACGGUUACCAAGGUUUUGCAUCACAGGAAGAUAACAGCAAUACAAUUGAACAUUUUUUGUUUGAAGCUUUAAAGAAAACAAAACUGAUCGAGUCAAGGCAGACGUCAUGCUAUCAACGUUGUGGUCGCACAGAUAAAGGUGUUAGUGCCUUCCAGCAGGUUGUAUCUCUAGAUUUAAGGAGUAAUCUACUAUCAGGAGUAGGUGUGAAGGUGAGGGAAGGAGGGACUGCCACUGAUAGACCAGGUGAUAAGACUACAGAGAUUCAAUACUGUCAUAUUCUCAAUAAGAAUCUACCCUCAGAAAUCAGAGUGCUGGCUUGGGCACCUGUUGAUCCAAACUUUAGCUCUAGAUUUAGUUGCAAGAAAAGGACAUACAAGUAUUUCUUUCCACGAGGCAAUUUGAAUAUAGAGAUAAUGGACCAAGCAGCCAAGAAGCUGAUAGGGGAACAUGACUUUAGGAACCUGUGUAAACACAACAUAGCUGAUGGUGUGACUAAUUUUGUACGUAAAAUUCUCAGUGCUGAUAUGAAGGUUUUAGAUGAGAGUGAUCAGGGAGGUUAUACAAUGUGUGAGUUGACUAUAGUUGGUACAGCAUUCCUCUACCAUCAGAUUAGAUGUAUCGUAUCUGUACUCUUCCUUAUAGGGAAAGAACAAGAAUCUCCAGAGGUGAUAGAUGAGUUGCUAAAUGUUGAAAAGAACCCAAAGAAACCUCAGUUUAACAUGUCUUCAGAAAUUCCAUUGUGUUUGUAUGAUGCUGACUUUGGUGAUGAGUUUGAAUGGAUACAUGAAGCUUAUUGGCAUGAAGACAAUAUAAAGACAUUACAACAGAUCUGGGCAGAGCAUACUGUACAGGCUACAAUGUUAAGGAAGAUGUUGGAAGAUCUUGAUAAAGCUAAAGUAGAAACAGAAUGUGAUAUAGCACCAUGGUCUGAUUUAAGCCCACCAAUACUUAAUCAAGCUGAUUGGAUAUUUCCGGAGAAGAUGCGUGUUUAUAAACCAUUGAUGCAGAGGGAGAAGGGAGCAUUUACAGUGGAAGAGAAAAUUGAGAAUUUUGCUAAGAAGCGUAAACUCAACCCCCCUGUUGAUGAAGAUUCUGUUGAUAAUGAUGGUGAAUGAAUGAGCUGGUCAGUACAAGGGAGAGAACUUUGUACAGCAGAUCUAGACAUAUCUGGUCUAUAUGUCACACCUGUGACUGUUGUAUACAACUAGAGGAUACAUACUGAUGGGAGAUUACUGUAAACAUAGAAGAGGUGUACAACUCCACACAUCAAAUGUCGUGUAGAAGUUUAUAAUCUGAUAAACAACAUGACAUAAUUAUAUAUAUAUAGGUCAAAUUUCUACCAUUGACAAACUGACAGAAGGUAACAUGAAACACCGUGAUGUAUUAAGAAAGACAGGAGUUUUAACAGCAACCCUGCAAUGAAAUGUAUAUAUGGUUUGACAGGACUUAUUGUCAUUACUUUCAGUAUAUUUCUGUAAUUUAUGGUCUUCCAUUAUACACUGUUAUAUAAUGAAAAUAACAUGCACUUCUACUUUGUAAAAUAUAACUUAUACAUUCGAUCAUGCUGUUUUCAAAUAGAUAUAAUGUCAACUAAUGUUAAAGAUAUUGUUUUAAAUUACGGCUGUAACAAUACAGUAAAAAGCGUAUUUGAAUUUCAUUAUAUUGCAAUUCAUGUGUAUAUAUUUGUCUCUAUUUGUUAUCAAACAUUAUUACUUCUUAUGUUUAGAAUGAUUGAAUGGUAGUAUGGAAUUAAUGCAGCUAACAUAAUAAAUCUAGUCAUGAAAGAUAGAUUAGAAAGUGCUAUUGUGUAUAUUUCCUAGCAUUUAUUAGAAGUUCUGUGUAUUGUUUACUGAUAGUUUUCUCUGUUCAUGUUAUGUUACAUACAUUCCAGAUUUAUAUCAUUUAUUGUUUGAUUUUAUUAACCUGUCAAUUUCAUACUGAUCAUACAGUCAAUGCAUACAAUAUGUUAAUAUUGGUAAAUGUUUGGUAAAUGUAGGCAGUUAGAUGUGAUUGAAUUUAAUUUGUUCCUAUGAAAUAGUUAUACUGACCGUUACAGCGAAAUAUGGUAAACUAUCGAUAUAUAUCUUCUAAAUGUUCUAUGUAUUGUAAGUUCUAGACCGCCUAUGUCCAUGUUCUUUUUCUUAUUAUGUCUCCGAAAAUUUUUGGGAGACAUAUUGGUUUUGCCUUUGCCGUCUGUCUGCCCCUCCGUGCGUCAAUCCAUCCGUGCCGUUGUCCAACAGUCUGUAUUAAGCUUGUCCAAACUACUGGUGGGAUUUCAAUCAAACUUUACAGGAGUGAUCAGUACCAUCCCUAGUUGUGCACAUCACCGGCACGUUCUGCUUUGCUGCACAAAAUGGCCACCAGAGCUAAAAAUAGAAAAAUCUUGUUCGGCCUUUAUAGGUCAAACUACUGGUGGGAUUUUAAUCAAAGUUUAUGGGAGUUGAUAAUAAUUUAAUAAUGUUUUGCACUUAUUUUGGUAAAGACUUUACUUUUUUUUAAUAACAUGGUUUAAGGAUUAAUAUUUAAAAUACAUUCAGACUAAUAUCUAUAAAUGCCAUUUCAGUGCUGUAAAAGACAAUACAAAAGGAGACAAAUCAGUGUUUCUAAGUUGCUUCAAAUCCGUGUAGACAAUUAUGCAAGCACUUGGCCAUUUUCAUUAAAAUAUACUUCAAAAAUAAAGGAAUAGGUCUAAAAACAAUGGCAAAAGUAGGGAUUGAACCACAGACCUCUUUUAUAUUCGCUUAUCACAUAACCUACUGUGCUAUUGCGGAUAUGACGAGAACCUAUACAUUCAGCUAGUGUGACUUUUCAGUACAUUAGUCGUAUACUCAAUAUUAAUUCUCGUAAAUUAUAUGGACAGAACCGAGGUGGAAUCAAAUAUUUAUAUGAGUGCUUUAAUGUAAACAUAAUUGAUAGGUCAAUAAAAUCAGACUAUACUUUUCACCUUUAUAUGGUGAUAGUUUAAUGUCAAUAGUUCACAUUUUCAGUGUUGUUAUUUUUUUUAUUUUUUUAGGCUUUUACAUUUAAAAGUUUUUAAUUAUAUUUUACAGUUCCAGAAUUUAUUGUUAAUGAACAUUAAUACUUUGUGGAUGUUUGGUAUUUAUUUUGUCUCUGUAAUCUAUAUAUUAGUUUUCUAAUUGAAACUGCCUGAAAUUAAAACUUUUGUAAUUUGUAAACUGUAUGUUUGUGUAUAUAUAU